GGCCAACACAACGACAGGGCCGGUAGUAGAAAUUUUAGUGAAAUACCUCAAAAUCACCAUACCCGCCAAAAGUGACAUCUUUGACAUACAGUGGAAUACGGAAAUUAACAUCGCGUCGGCCUUACGAGGAGAAGUCAAUAGUUAGUGCCCUGCGGGGCCUCGGAUAACUGUCGAUAAUAAAGCAAACAAGAGAAACUCCAACAGCGAAUACACGACUGAAAAAUGGAACAAUUCGAGCAACUUUUGACUUGCGCCAUCUGCCUUGAUAGGUAUAGAAACCCCAAACUAUUGCCAUGCCAGCACAGCUUUUGUAUGGAGCCUUGCCUGGAAGGCCUUGUAGAUUACGUACGAAGACAGGUUAAAUGCCCAGAAUGCCGCGCCGAGCACAGAAUCCCCUACCAGGGGGUCCAGGGCUUCCCCACCAACGUAACCCUGCAGAGAUUCCUCGAGCUGCACAUCGAAAUAACCGGGGAGUUGCCCGAUCCCACCAGCGGUCAAGUGAUGGAGAGGUGCAACGUUUGCUCAGAGAAGGCCUACUGCAGCUUCUGUUCGCACUGUGAUAAAAAAAUAUGCGAGGAAUGCAAAGGGGCCCACAUGGAGAUUCUGAGAAGGGAAAUCUCCAGAAUAAACAACCAGAUCAGGAGGGGCAUCCACAGGCUACAGGACACCCUUUCCCUGGUGGAAAAGAACGCGCAAAACAUACAGACCAACUGUCUGUCUGUGGGCGAGGAGGUCGACGAAAUCUACAGGAGACUCAACAAGGCCCUGAAAGAUCGCACCGAUUACCUACGCGGGGAAAUCGAUCGGUACCUUACCACGGAGCUUCGCAGCUUAACCACGCUUAAGGAAAACCUAGCACAAGAAAUUUCAAACAUACUAAGUAAUUGCGAUUUGGCGGACAAACACAUGAACGAGAACGUGGACAUUUGGGACGACUGCGAACUCAUGGACGCCAAAGAAAUCUUCCUUAAGACUGUAGAAUUCAUCCGCAACUUCGAAUACGAAAACUCGGACUACAGCAGGAAAGUACGAUUAAUUCUAGCGCACGACCCGAACCAGCUGGUGCUUCACGUGGCCGGUUUCGGAGAUUUAAAUAUAGCUAACAGUCACUUUGGCCAGUCCUCUGGUUUGUUGCAGCCAACGGGAGGUCCCGGUCUAAUGCGAUCGAAAAGCGACCACAGACUAGCCUCUCAAUUCAGGCAGCAAGAAGAGAGAGGAUACGGAGAAAGGGGUUACGGUGAUUCCGAAGACCAAGUUCUCAGUGGCAGGAAAUUCGGCGAAAGGCCCAAAACGACGACCACCACUGAUAGGUACGGCGAGAGGUACGGCAGAGGCGGCACCGAUUACGGUGAUGAUUACGACCACGACGGCAGGCCGACAAGGUCUAAGUACAGUAGAUUCAGACGCCAUCAGAACCCAGACAACGAUUCUGAUACCGAACAGUCAUCCAAAGUCAGAUUCGAGCAGAAACAUGAAAGAGAAAAAACUUUGGACACGGAAGAUGUAGCUCGUGGACCGCUUAGUGGAAUUACCAGAUUAGCGGAUUCUCCAAGAGUCAUGAAAAAGAUGCAGGAGCACGAGAGCGGUAAAAACAAGAAGAAAGAGGAAGCUCCACCCCCACAACCUGCCCCUCAGCCAAAAGUAGUUCCUAAGAGACCUCCGCCUCCGACCACAAGGCAAGUGAGCGAGGAGGACGAAAUUAGCAGAAUUAAAAAACAAAAUAAAGGGGCUACUACGUCCACAGAAACCGCCACUACAGAAACGAGGCCGACAGAAAGGGCUCCCACAGAAGAAAGACAAAGGAAAACCCCCGCCCCUGAGGCCGUAUCCAGUACUGAAGAAACUGACGAAUCAGUAAGUUCCCUGCAACAAACGCAAAGGAAAACCGCAGCCAGCAAAACCGCAGCCGCAGCUACAAGAAGACCUUCCGACGCUAGCCACAAGAAAUCCGCGCGCUCGGCUAGCUCAGACUCCAGCUCAUCGACGGAAUCUUCUACUGCUUCAUCAUCAGCCAUUCGCAAUACCGGCGCACCCUUCACGACUGAAGAAGUGAAACAAAAGAUUUUAUCCCGCACAGAUAACACCACCCCCGCAGUUCGUUCUCGCGCGGGAAGUGGUUCUGCCGCUUCGCCCAAAGACACGCCGGCUCAAAAGCCUUUCCAAAGUCGAUUCCUACAAAACAAACCUACAACGGUCCCCCCUCCCACUACUAACGACGAAGAAGUGAGCGAAAGUAGCUCUGAAGAAGCUACGGAAUCUGAAGAAGAAUCCGAGGAAGAAACUGUCCCAAAAACUGAAACUAAUAAUAUGGCCAAAUCAGAUAUUGGUCCCCUUCUAGCUAGAAGCGCAAACGCUAGAGACAACAGUGCAGAAAACACUCGCAAAUCUGACGAACCAUAUACUAGACCAAAAUACACGCCUAAAGAAGAGCCACCCACUACUAAAUACACAAGAACCAGACCAACACCUACAGAAGACGAACCACCACGCUAUGGAUACACCAGUAGAUUUUUGAACAAAAGCAAAAGCUCCGCAGUGAUACCUCCAGAAGAUGAGGACCAUCACAGCAGCAGAUAUGGCUCUAGUGGAGCCGAAGAAGAGCCUAAAUAUCCUUCGAGUGGCCGCUCCCGCUACAUGGCCCUAAAAGAGCGGCGACAACGCUUAGCUCGAAGCAGAAGCAGCCAACAAUUCGGCGACGAAGAGGAACAAGACGAACCAAUCUCGCCUACCUCCUCCAACCCUUCUGCAUACCUGGCGUCCCGAGGUUACGGCUCGACAACAUCUGGACACGAUCUUGCCAGAAGCCGAUCCUCGCAUGCCCUGAAAUCCAGAGACAACUCACCAGAACGGUCGUCCGCGGCCACCGAAAAAGACGGUGCCGCCCUCAGUUCAUGGGCGAGAUAUUUAAAGAAUAAGUACGGCAACAGAAGCGCAGCUAAAGACAAGGAAUCCGGAGCCAGCGCGACAGCGCCGUCGUCCAGCACGUCCUCCGCAGCCAGGAGACUGUCGCUCGGCCUUCCGCUCAGGUCGUCCACGGAAAUGGGAAGCUCCGACGACGAUUCAAAAAACAUGCAAGGCUCCCCCACUACCCCUACAGCAGCUACGGCGGCGGUCGGUAUCGCCCAGGCAGUGGUAGGUACCUCCCCUAGGAGUCAGUACCUGCAGAAAUGCCAGCAGCUGUUCGAAAUAGGUAGUCGGGGGAGCGAAGCCGGAUGUUUCACGUGGCCCCGCGGCGUCGCCGUCGGGCCGGACAACUCCAUCGUCGUCGCGGACUCCUCGAACCACCGCGUCCAGGUCUUCGAUUCCAACGGCCGCUUCGUGAAGGAGUUCGGCCAGUACGGCAACAAGGAGGGAGAGUUCGACUGUCUCGCCGGCGUUGCCGUCAACAGAAUCGGGCAAUUCAUUAUUGCCGACAGAUACAACCACAGAAUACAAGUAUUUGACCCAUCUGGUAGAUUCCUAAGAGCAUUUGGAAGCCAAGGUACUGCAGACGGUCGCUUCAACUAUCCAUGGGGUGUCACAACCGAUGCAUUAGGAUUCAUUUAUGUCUGUGACAAGGAAAAUCACAGAGUACAGGUUUUCCAAUCCGACGGCACAUUCGUCGGCAAGUUUGGCACGAUGGGCAACAAGGAAGGCCAACUUGAACACCCCCAUUACAUAGCGGUCUCAAACACGAACCGAGUCAUCGUUUCGGACUCGAACAACCACAGAAUCCAGAUCUUCGACGUGAACGGUAAAGUAGUCUCUUCCUUUGGCACUGAAGGUUCCGAUGAUGGACAAUUUAAAUUCCCGAGAGGCGUAGCAGUGGAUGAUCAGGGUUACAUCUGCGUUGCCGAUUCAGGAAACAACAGGAUACAGAUUUUCCACCCCGAUGGGACGUUCUUGAGGGCGUUUGGGUGUUGGGGCAUCGGCAAGGGCGAAUUCAAGGGUCUUGAAGGUGUAGCCAUGACUCCGAAUGGACAUAUUCUUGUGUGUGAUCGAGAAAACCAUAGAAUUCAAGUGUUUUAAGAAGUUUCGAUUUAAUUGUCUAAUCAUUUUUCAAUUAUACAGUGUGUUAACUUACAUCAAUAAACCUUUGCAUUUCUAUAAUA